GUUUUAUAGCGAAUAUUCAAGUAUGGAAUCUUCUCAAGAAGUGAAAUAUUUUGUAAAAACAAAUAUAAUUUCGAAAAUAGAGGAUGAUCCCAGAGAUAAACUAUUAUGCCGAGUAAGAACGUAUAUUAUAUAAACCAGUUAAAUGAUAAAAGAGACCAUUAAAAAAAAAACCUCUCAUUAUUGUACCUACAUACGUGUGUUUUACAGUCACAAGACUUACGAAAAAAAUCCGCAAAAGCAAUUAAAAAAUAUCGACAAACAAAGAACGAAUAUUGGUCCAGUUUGGCCAAACCUAAACGUCCAUAUAUUCCUAAAACAGCACCCGUAUUUCUAAAGUGAGUUUAAACAACAAAGUAUACUUAAUGUAGCCUUUAGAUUUAUGGAGAAUACAUUUAUUUAGCACUAUUUUAUUUUUUUAAUCGUCAUUUAGUACCAAUAAAAUUAAGAAUAAGAAAUCGUGGAGUAUUGAACGUACAAAUGAAUUGGCUAAACCCAAGGUCGAUUUUUAUGAAUUCACGUGAGUACCCUCAUACAUCGCGUUUUAUGAAAUUACUUACAUAAUGCGUCAUUUUUCUGAAAUUAAUUUGUUAUUAACGGAGUUAAGCAAAAAUAAUUAUUUUAAAUUAUUUUUAUUAUAAAAUGUAUAAAAAUGUAUAUAGGUAAAGAUAGAAGGUAAUUAGUUAAAAUGUUCCUGGAUCAGUGUUUUCCAAUAUUUUUUAUUCUACGCCCUACUUGUAGAUUGUCAAAAAUUGUAAAUUUUAGAUACAGUCAAUUUACACAUUUUAUAUUUUUUUUUUCUACAAUUACGUCAUGGCUAUAUUACCUUCUACGCAGUAUCUAAAUUUAUUUUUUGUACGGAGAAUUCCCUCCUGUUGGUAAACACUGGUCUAGAUAAAGAUACAGAUAGUUAAAAGUGUAAAUUAUCUUAAGUUAAAAUACUAUUUAUCUAGAUUAAAAAAAAAAGGAUAAACAUUUUAAACUUUAAUAAUUUACUUACGUAGGUAUAUUUUUUUUAUCAAUUUAUUCAAUAAAAAUAAAUAAUUAGUAUAGUGAAUGAAUAUAUAAAUAAAACAUUUAUAUAUAUAUAUUAUAUAUAUAUAAUAUAUAUACUAUAUUUAUUUACGAGUAAUAACCAUUUUAAUAAUUUUGUUUUUACUUUAUUAUUCUAUUAAAUAAUUAGCUGUCCCACGCCCGGUACCCGUGCCAUUUAUUAUUAUUAUCAUUUUACCCAUAUUCAUUUUUGGUUUGGGCCGUGUCAGAACUGAAUGAAAACAAAUAAGUGGAAAGUGGGUAGUCCACCUUCGGCGGACUAAAUGCGUUCCAUUGUGAAAUUUUAAUAGUUUAAAUAAUAGUAAUCAUAAUUAUUAUAAUAGUUUUCUUUUCAGUAACACCUGAAUAAACAAAAAUAAAUAAAUAUGCAAUUAGAUAUUCGUACCAAAUAUACCUAAAAUCCCCUAUUUUACCCCCUUAGGGAUUGAAUUUUCAAAUAUCCUUUCUUGGCGGAUGCCUACGUUAUAAUAUAGCUAUCUAUGUGCCAAAUUUCAGCCCGAUCCGUCCGUCAGUAAAUUAGUCAAGACAUGUUAUUUUAUAAAAGUAGACGAGUGAUUAAUGUACUAUUAUCUGAUGUUAAUUUGUAUAGAUUGGGUUUUUAAUUUAAUUUCAAAAUGUAUAUUAUUGAAUUAGUAUUGAGUACUAACUUAUUCUUUGUAUUGAGUUAUUUUUUUAAUCCAGAGAUUGAUUUUUAACAAAUUUGUUUACACCAAAUGCUUUGUCCAUGAUUCUCUGUCGUUUGCCAAAAUUCUUCAUUAUUUGGCGCAUGUACUUCGUUUGGGAUGUACCUCUUGAUUAUGUUCCUUUCAUUAUUCCUUCAUAUUUCAAUUAUGAAACUGUAUAAAUCGUCACCAUGAUACAAUGUUUGUCUUGUCAUCUAUCAUCUUUUCUUUAUGAUAUCAAUUAACGUACGUAUUUCAUCUAUUAUCUUUAAGACUUCUUCAUUCGUUCUUCUUUCAUUCCAACUUAUCAUUUGUAUUUUUCUCCAACACCAUAUAUCCAGAGCUUCCAACAGAGCGUAACUAGGAUUUGUUUAAGGGGCUGUUAAUUAUUAUAAAUAUUUUACUAUAUACAUACAAACUAUAACUUUAGUACCCGUUUCUCGUUUCUUAUAAAAAGAAACUAGCUCGUUCCUUUAAGCGUUCUUUUUUUUUUUUUUUUAUGAAUACGCAUAUUACAUAUUCAUAAACAUCUAUAAAAGAUAUAUAAGAUGGUGCAGCUACUGUUGUAGAUGGGAAGUUAGGAAGGUAGAAUAACUAAAAUUGGAAACUAUUCUUACUUCUUAGAAUCUACAUGUUAAAAAUCCUAGUAAAUAAAAUAAAUAUCCUAGUUGCUAUCUAAAAAAUGAAAAAAAUAUAUUAAGCACAAACAUUCAAUUUACUAAAAAUUAAAAUUAAAUUAUAUACGUAUAUACAUACGAGGUUUGGCUAUUAAAUAACGAGACUGCGCGCGCUGGGAGCGUCCCAAAAAAGUUAAGGGAAAACCGAAUACAGCGCUGGUUAGCUGGAAGUGUCUAUUACGCCAGUACAAAAUUGGGUUUUUGUUGGUGCAUUAGUAUUUUUUCUGUAGCGUUUAGAAACGAACAUGUUUUUUUAUCUUGCCGAAAACGAUGUGUGACGAAAAACAUGAGCAACGGAUAAACGUAAAAUUUUUUCGUUUAACUAAAAAAAACUCCAACUUAGUGCUAUAAGUUGUUAAAAGAGGCCUAUAGUGAGGAUUUUCUAUCUCGGGCACGUGUUUUUGAGUGGCAUAAAUUAUUUUCUGAAGGUCGAGAGUGCACCGGAAUUCAGUCGUAAUCCAAAUUCAAAACCAUGCUGAUGGAUUCUUCGAUAUCAACGGCAUCGUGAUGACUGAAUGGGUUCCAGAGGGUCAAACUGUGAACCAACAUUACUAUUUGAGAGUUUUGGCAAAAACAAGUCGUGGAUCUUGCACCAGAAUAACGCACUUGCCCAUAACGCGCUGUCUGUGAAGCGUUAUUUGGCCGCUUAAGGCACUCCAGUACUCGAACACGCGUCUUACUCACCCAACUGGGCACCCUGCGACUUUUACUUGUUUCCGAAGAUAAAGUCUGGCUUAAAAGGAAUCCGGUUUGAGUCGAUGGAAGAGGUGAAACAAAAAUCGGCGGAACUCCUGAAUGGUCUUACGAAACAGACUUCCAGCACUGCCUGGAGCAAUGGAAGAAACGAAUGAAACGGUGUGUGGCGAGGGGAGGAGAGUAUACUGAAGGGGAACAUUUGGUUGUGGAAUAAUUUUUAAAAUAAAACCAUUUUUCAUAAGCAGUCUCGUUAUUUAAUAGCCAAACCUCGUAUAUGUAUAUGCUGUAUCUACUGUUAUAUUUAAUUUAUGCAUGCGCAUAUUUGUGAAAUGAAAUGAAAUAAAUAAUAAAUAUGUAUGUUAUAUAUAUUGCACAAUAUUACAUUCCAGACGUAAAUUUGUCCAAAUAAUGAAAUGGGUAAUUUUUCGUCUAAUUUGUAAAAUGAUCAAAUAAAUUGCCCAUUUCAUGAAUUGAGCAAAACUAGUGAUAUGUAUUAUACAUUUUUUUAUUCAAUUCGCUUUAAAAACUAUAUUCUUUACAAAUCUCAGAAUCUAAAUAAAAUAGAUCUAAUAAUUAUAAGACUAUUUUGUACAAAAUAAUUUUAGUAUAAACCUUAAUACAUAAAUACAUUUAUUUAGAUAAAUCUAUUAUUUAUGUUAAAAAAGAUAAGAUAGUACAUUUUGAUACUUAUCUUGAUGAAAUAUGAGAUACCUAAUUAAUCAUUUAUCUAGAUUUAACAUUGGUUGUUAAACAAUAUUAGUGAUGAACGAUUAUUAUAUUUUUAAAGUCUCCACAUUUUUGUACACCAUAUUGUUUACAAACGUUUGUGUGUGGUGAUGAAUAUUUCUAUUUUUGUGCACGUUUUUACGUAAGCAUAAAUUAAUAUUUCGUAACGCACUCGUGUUAUAAUAAUAUAUUAUGUUCUGUCACAAAUUUUUCUUGUAAAUAUAUGAUUUUUAUGACUGUCUUUUUAUGCACGUAUAUGACCUGUUUAGAAAUGAAAAUCUUGGUAAUAAACUCGGUGAGCAGUAUAUUAUCUCAAUCCGACACUGUAAAUAAAGAUAAUUAAUUAAGUAUCUAUUACUAUAAUACUUUAUUUCCGUAUACGUCUUUUCGUUUUAAAUGUUUUCGGUGUUUUUAAAAUUGUAUUUCAAUCGUGUAUAUCUCUUUUUAAUAUGAUUAUUCUAUAUUUUUCUAUAUUCGAUAAGCGAACAAGAUACAUUUGUAACUGAAACUGUUAAUUAUUCCUACGUAUAGUAAAAAUUAAAUUACCUAUAUAUUUCACUGGCCGUUGUGUAAUAGAAUGUAAUACUUCAAUGGUAACGUUCAAAUUUAACGAGAAUAAUUGAUUUGAUUUCAACGAACAUGUAGUUUUUAUUUCGAAAUAUCAUUUAAUCUAAUUUUUCAAUUUCAGAGAGCAGUUAAAGAUAACUAAGCGCUUUUUGCGGCCUUCAAAUAUAGGAAGGAUUAAUGAAUUGGCCAUUCCGCGGAUGACACCAUUAGACGUCAAUCAAAAUAUGGAGCGCUUGGUAUUAUUGAAAUAAAAUAACAUUAUAAAAAUUAGAAUUCGUAUUAUUUGUAUAGAGCGCAAGUCGCAAGGUGCCUUUGUCGAUGUUGUUACCGAGAUUAGAAAGACUUUCGAUUCCUCCGAAACGGAAUGACAUGAACGAAAUCAAUAGAUACGACCAUGAAACGUUUUCAGUAAAUACUAUCAUUUUUUUUAGCUUUAAGUUGUCCCGUAAAUAGUGAGUUAUAGAUACGCACUUUUUUUUUUUUAAAAAAAAAUUGAAUUUGUAUGAUUUGUAUAGAGCGCAAGGCGCAAGGUGCCUUUGUCGAUGUUGUUACCAAGAUUAGAAAGACUUUCGAUUCCUCCUAAACGGAAUGACAUAAACGAAAUCAUUAGACCCGACCAUGAAACGUUUUCGGUAAAUACUAUCAUUUUUUUAGCUUUAAAUUGUCCCGUAAAUAGUGAGUUAUAUAUUGCACUUUUUGUACAUAUCCAUACAUAGAUUUUAUUUUUAUUAUGUUAGUACGAUAGUAUAUAUUAUUAUAUUAUAACCUUGAAUAUGAGUUAAUGGUCAGGGCCCAGAGGACGUUUGUUUUUGCAAUAAUAAGUAAAUAUGUUUAUAUUAAUGAGUGUAAUCUACGUUUUCAGGUUAAAAAGUCUGCCUUAAAAUUCGUCGCUUCCGACAGGCUGAUACGGUUGGCAACCCCGCGACCAGUGAUCAGUAAUUGGCAAUGAUGUUUUAAUUAUGUCCGCCAGUAAAAACUGCACAACCCGUUAUCUAUAUUCUUAUGAUAUCCCACUGUGUGUUUUUAAAAAUAAUGAUAAUAAUGAAACAAAUAAA